GAAUGCUCGUGUGAAGAAACGAUUCGAUGAAAAUUAUCGAGGGUGGAAAAAAUACUAAUCACGCACGUCAGACAGUCCGGAAAAGUGAAUUGAGCAAUUUGGUGAAAGAAAAAGGGAACAGUGCUGCGUAAAAAUAAAAGUGUUGGUUCGCGCAAUCAUUAAUAUCUUUUCUUGCGUGUUGCAACAGUGCGACACGCAUUGCUCGCCACGCGGUACAUAGAGGCGUAAAAGAACGGUGUUUGUUGGUGCGGUGUGUGGGCAAACGACGAAGAAGAAAUAAAAAACACACACAAGGGUGUCCACGCGGAAGUGAGAAUAUUUUCUAUCAGUUGAAUAAAUAACAGACGAUUGCAACCGCAUACACAUGCAGAAGCUCCUAGCAUAAAUGCGUAAACCGUGUAUUAAACUUGUGCACGUAAUCCUUUAUGAGGUCCUUUUCGCAUAUUUCUUCUGCCAAGUGGAGUAAUCGCAUCAUUUUCAUUGUGUUCUGUGAUAGUUUUUCAUUGCGGGAGUCGCUUCUUCCCCGUGUGUUCUUGCCCUCGUUGCGUUGUAUUGACCGUGAGAAGGAGGCUGCAUGACCUGUGACGAAACGGCGACGUAAAAGCAGGAUUGUGAAGAAGCAACGCUAGAAGGUUGAAAAGGUGACUAAAAAGCGACGGGAAAAAAACGAGUGUGGCCUAAUAAAAGUUCCAUACCCACAUACGCACACACAAACACACACACACACAGUGCACAGGCCGUAUUACAAUCAUCCCAAGCAGGAAAACUGACGGGAAAAAUCGCUCCGGGCGAACGGUGCUUAAUUCUCUGGAUUAAAAGCUGAAGAUUACUCUUCAGCAACCGAUAUCCACGCAAUGGCUCAACAGGAAAAUUACCCAUCAUUGCGUUCCCCAAACUUUAUUAGCAAACUGUCGGUGCAUGCGAAAGAGUUCGUACCGCAUAAACCGCACGAACCUUACGAGAAAUAUUGUGCCGAUCAGUACCCGAAACCUAGACCUCCUUCGGACGUUAGCCAACGGUUAGUGAUGGCGCAGGUUGGCGUCGAGCAGGGUGGAGGUGAUGGAAGUGGUGGUGGCGGCGGCGGAUAUGAUCACAGACUAAUAUCGGUCCAUCCCGGCGGAACCAGCAACCAAUCGUCAUUGCCGAACCAGCUAAGCAAUAUGCAGAUUGGGGACAACACUGGUGAUAAUGGGAACGAGCAGCAGCAGCAGCAUCAUCAUCAUCAGCAUCAUCAUCAUCACAACCAGCAGUCCAUGCAUCAUCAGCACCAUCAGCAGCAUCGUGGCCAGCAGCAUCCUGGUGGCGGCCACCAUGGUUAUCACCACCAUCAGCAGCAGCAGCAGCCGUAUGGGUAUGAGGUCGGAUACCCGAACAACCAUUACGCACAGCAGGUAGCUGCAGGAGGCAUGGUUAGUGAUCACCGAAAGUACAACAAUGCUGGCCAGCAGCAUCAUCAACCAUACCAGCACCAUCGCUCCCGGCAGCAACACCAUCAUCACCAUCAGCAGCCGCACCAGCAACGUCAGCAACAUCAGCAGCAGCAGCAACAGUAUGGUGGCAACCAUCAUAGCGAUUAUGUGGAUCCUAGAUGGCCUGCCAAUUACACUGUGGUGCCUACCUACUGGGAUUCCAACGCUCAGGAAGCCCCCGAACAGAUAUCGUACCGACAAACGGAAGUGAUGGACUAUCUGACGGAGGUGAUUGCCGAACUGCUAGACAAUCCGGGCAUGUUCGACGAGGUCCAGAAGCAGCUGCCGGCCAAGCUGGGUGAAUUACGCCAAGAUAAUUUUGUGUUGAGCAGCACGAUCGAGAUGAUUUUCGAGCAGUCCAUCAGGGAAUCCAACUUCCGCUACAUGGGUGCGCGUAUGUGCCAACUGCUGGACAGUUUGGACUGUGGGCCAGACAUAUCCGUGCGACGACUGUUGCAGCUCAAGAUGGAGGACCAGAACUGUGAGCUGCAGCAGUUUAUGUCGAAGGAGCAGGUGAAGGUACGCGGCGCCACACUCUUCCUAGCCGAACUGUACAUGCAGCUGCGAAAACCGCAGGAUCCUUUCGAUAAGAUUGUUUCGGAGCACAUCAUUAGCGCGAUCGAGAUUUUGUUAAGCAAGGAAGGACCGGAAAACAUUAAAUGUGUUUGCCAAUGUUUAAAGCUCUGUGGGUACGAACUGGAACAAGACUGUCGUGAAAAGUUGGAAUCGAUCCUGAAGAAGCUGCAGAGCCUGACAGCGAUACAAUCUUCGUCGGAAGCGAUGAUCAAAUCGGUGAUCGAACUGCGAAAGAACUCUUGGGGCCGUAGUGAGGAGAUCGCUCCCGCAGCCGUAGCGCCCGGUCCCGAGUAUCAACAUGAACCGGUGUUUUACGGUCCCGAUGGUAAAAUGUUGACGGAGGAGGAAAGUUCCUUCCUGGCUACCGGGGGGCAGAAUCCCUCAAGUUACGACGAUGAUGAUGAGUUUGGCAUGGAUGACGAUCUGGAGGUGCAGGAAGCCUUUGAGGAAUUCUUACAACAGAGCAAUGUCCAAAACCGGCUUCAGCAACCAGCAGCGCGAUACCGGCCUGACGCGUAAGGAUCCAUCGGGCACCACAGUUUGUCUCGUCGAUGCUUUUCUUCCCUUCUUAAUGGUCUGCUUCGGCUCUUUUGGUCUCGUGAUUGGCCACGUGCGUCACACCCAAACCCCACAACACCACAACCAAUGCGAGGGGGCGCCGAGGAGAGAGGAAAUGCAACCGAACUAAAGUAAGGUUCUCCAGCUACAACACCUCUACACUUAUACAUUCAAAUGGUCGAUAGAAUAGAAUGAGAUACUUCAAAGAAACAAAAAAAAACGAUAAAACCACAUUAGCAAACAAAUAGAAUAAUGGUAAAACAAAACUAAAAAAAAAACUCCAGAGAACAUUAGCAAUAGAUUAAUACAAUAGCAAUUAGAAAUAGCUAGCAAUAGCUCGCAUAAAAAAAGAAGAAACACAGUCAAGAGUUAAAGUAAGGCAAAAACGCAGCAGGGGAAACGAGAACCUAUUUAGUCUAAUGGAGAGAAUGAUAUAAGAAAAGUAACACUUUAGCAGCGCCGUGUGCGCGAUCGGAGAGCUGCAUUUUAAACUGUGUCCAAAUGAAAGUGGUAUUUUAACGUAUUUUUUCCGUGCUUGUAUUUGUGUUUGUUCAACCUUCGUAAACCGUACAACAAUGCCGAGGAUCAGUGAUCAGUUGCAAUCAGAUGGUGGAUAAGGUGGAUGAGUGGGAAUGAUGCAAGUCAAACAGGGCAUGGCUUCGCAACGGAAGGAAAGCAAUUGUAUGCUGUAUAAUGUGGUACCCAAUUACAAUGAAUUCGAAGGUGUUUCUUAAUGUUACGGCAUGGCUUUUUCUCGUACGCUAGCGUGUAAGAGUAGUGCUUCCGCAAUACUCAGGAAAUAUUACAGAGGAUGAUUUUUGUUCCCAACAUGCAAACACACACACACACACACACGGCUAUUCUCGAAAACUCCGUCUCAUGAUCUCAGCACGAAAGGAAAAACAAAGAAACCCCCAAUUUAAAUUACUGCUCUUAAACAUCAUACAAUGAUCGUGUGCGUGUGUGAUCAUCGUGACGUUUUUGCUUUGUCAGUUCUGUCGUUAAUUUUUGUUCUCGGUUCAGCUGAAAUGUUCGAUUGUGGUAAAAUUGGUAAGCUUUAACGUAAUGUUCCCGUAAUGUAAUUUGCGCAAUGUAUGUAUGUCCCAUUCAUCUGCAAAUCCACUUUUACAUGAAUUCGCUUUUUGGUUAGGAAUGCACAAAGUGUUCUCUGGAAUAUAAAACCAUGAAAAAAAAACUAAUAAACUAUACGAAAAUGA